AUGCCCUCAAGCUCCUCCUCCUCGGAGGGCGCCCCCCUCGCCGAUUACUUUUGGAUCGCCGGCGUGGAUGGCACCGAGAUUCUGGACACCUUCAGACGAUUGGGGGAUGACUACCGUACCAAUGGCGCUGCCUCGCCCGGGCCUGCCCUCGCAGAUACCAUCCAAGAAGAUGCCGACGCCGAGGAAGAAUACAACCCCGACCCCUCUCGCCCAAACUCCAUGCUCUUCACAGGCGUCAGUCGCCGGAGCUCCGUCCAACGACUCUCCACACUAUCCAAGACCUCGGAAGGCACCAACGGAGGAACCAAUAGCAAUCGCAGCAGCAUGACCGUCAAGGGUGGCUCGUCACCCCUGCGCGGCUCCGCCAUGUUCACCGAGGACUUCGAUUUCGACUCCGCCUUAUACAAGUUUGCCAACGAGCGCGAGUCCUUUCUGACAGACCUGAGUCUCACGGCAGGCGCAAUUACCCCGAACACCCGCCCGCGAUCCCGAGUCCGCACACAGAAGAUUGUCUCGGAGGAGUCCCCCUCCCCCGGGGGGAACUUGCUGCGAUCCGGCAUUGGCAGCGUGCGACGACACAUGGCCUUCCGGGACAUGAACAGUAUGAAGCGGCAACCGUCAGUUGCCCGUCAAUCUUCCGUACGAACCUCUCGACGAUUGAGCAAUUACAAUUCGGUGAUUCCCGUUCCACAACCCCUCGAGAUCUCGCCCACUAUGCACCCGUUGAAAAGGAGGUUUGAGCCCGUGCUUCUGGACCGAUACCCCACACGAACCAUGCCGGAUGAAUUGAAGCAGCGCGGCAACUUCCCCGACUAUGUUCCCAUGUUCGCAUUUCCCAAUGAUAUCAACAUCGUAUCCUCCGACCAGCGACCGCGGUCUACUUGGCACGGAUUUGCUAUGACGACGGAUAAUGGAUCCCGGCUUCACGCCAUUUGCGUCAUAAUUUGGAUACCACUGAAUCAAAAUGCCGCAGAGGAGCUCGAGAAGCGUUGCGAGGAGUGGCGGAAAGAUAAUAUGACAGACGAAGAACGUGAACUGGCCGCAAGCUUGGGCGAGCGAUUGGCAUCGGAGAGAGCAAAACUAUCCAGAUUGCUAGCCCAGCUCCCGACGGUCCCAUCAGGAUCCGAAUCCCGGGAGCAGCUGGAAGAUGAGAUCAGUGCAGUGGAAGAGAAGAUUGGAUUGAUGACCGACCUUCUUCGCCCCGUCCGUCAUGGCGCGGCCUCAAAGAUCGAAGGCCUGACCGAUGGUGAUACUGGAUUCUGGAUUCCCCGUGCGUACGGUAUUUUGGGCCGCGAGAGCACCAUGACGAGCUUCUGGAAGGAAUGGCUCAAGGCGAUUGUGGUACCUAUGACCGAAAACGGCGUGCAGCAUGUGCCUCCACCAUCACCUCGAAUGGGGCUUUGGCAGCCGCUGGAGCAAUACGUGAUGAAUCUUUGCACAGAAGCAUUUGCACCAAUAUCCUCGAAGACCCAGGUGGAGCUUGCGAUUCGCGAGCUACGAUUGUUUGCGAGAAAAGAGGCUCCGAACGAAAUCCCAGGCUCUCGGAAUACUGACCUAUAUGCGCUGUUUCGAACUUUGUCGGUGCCGAAUAUUCUCAUUCUAUUCGAGUAUGCUUUGACCGAAGCUCGCAUUAUUUUCCUGUCAUCUCACACCUCAAUGCUGUAUCUUGCUACAAGGGCGUUGGUUGACCUCCUGUUUCCCUUGGAGUGGACUGGAGUUCUUAUUCCCGUUCUUCCUGCCCGCUUGAUCCAAGCACUCGAAGCACCUUGCCCUUACAUUGUGGGUAUCGAGCGACGAUACGAGAAAGUGGAACUGCCGACCGAUGACUUCGUUCUAAUUGAUUUGGAUAACAACAUGAUUGAGAGUACCUUCCAGCCGACCCCUCUCCCACGCCAUCAGCGCAGGAAGCUCUUGUCAUUGUUGCAAUUAGCUGCUCCCCAGCACGGCCGAUAUCAUGUUCCCACUGGGCCUCCUGCUUAUGCAGUAGAGACAUACCCUUGGGACGCCUUCAUGUCCGAAAGCAAGGCAACCUUCACCUCAAAGGCGCCCGCGACCAAUCUCGCCAAAUAUGUCGGUCUCAACUCUAGCGCCUUUGGUGCAACAGCCGUUGUCCCGGGCACAUACUCACCCCCAAUCUUCAAUGUAUUCGCGCAUGCACGUAACGAAGCAGGCCCUUCUCGCGGGUACUCCUCUCGCGGCAAUGAGCGCCCAGGCACUAGUUCGACCCUCAGAGCAAGUGCAUCCCCGCCAUCCCCACGAGAGAGCUCCCCCACCUCCGGCUUCUUCCCUCCGCCUCCGCCCACCCCCUCGUCGCGUAACGACUCUGGAAUGGCACUGCAGGCCUCCUUGCGUGAAAAGCGCUCUGGUCACUUCGAUGCUGCUUCGCGCCGGAGCUCGUCGUUCGGAAUGAGCCGUCGACCCAGCGCUCCAUUCUUGGGCCACACAUCUAAUCUUUCAGUAACCACACUCAACACCGAAUAUGGCGGUGGCUCCACCUACGCUCCGUCUGUGUAUGCGCAGUCGACUAUUGCUGCAUCUACAAUUGUGCCCCAAUCGUUUGUGCAGCCCGUCGGCAGCAACGAAGGGACUUGUUGGGUUGAGGGACACUUUUUCCAGGUCCAGAUGUGGGACGAUAAGUUGACCUGUGCGAUCUGUGACGAACAGGCCGAGGAAGGCAUGUACAAAUGCUCCUCCUGUAGAUUGACCGUCCACAACCGCUGUGCGUCCAUGGUGUGCCUGCCGUGUGAUGCAGCCUUCCACCCCGACCAGGUUCGCGCUGCAUUUGUCAGGUGCUUCGCCAGCUUGUUCUACACGUACAAAAAGUUCCUUGCCCCAGCUAGUGGUGACAAGAAAAAGCAAGGGUUGUAUUACACCUUCAACGCGGAGGCUUUCAUGAAGAGCCUUCCAAGCGAACAUGCCGACUACAUUGCGAUAUUGCAACAGACUCAAAGUUUCAACGAGUUCAUCAGUGACCGUGAGCGCACGAGCCCUAAGUCCAAGGACCCUCGAAUGGCCUUGUUCGACGAAAUCGUGCUCUCCAAGCGCAACCGUGGCCGCUCCUCCAUCUUCUCUGGCCGCUCAACAACCGACUUCCUCUCAGACACCUCCAACCACCUCUGGCGUACCGCCAACGCCACCUUCUUCCCCCCAAGCAGCCGCAGCCAGCAAAACCUCUCCACUGACUACGGCAGAGUCGUCACCCGAGCACCGGCAAAAUUAGACACCAACCUGAUGACCGAGCCCCGCAUGAUCCACGGCGCCCCACGGGUCUCUAAGGCAGCCAAUACUGCUCGCAGAAAGCCCCUUCCCAACCUCAUGAAUGGCCUUGCCAUCUCUCCCCCGAGUUAA